AUGACUCGUCAAAAGGAAAAUACGGUGCUCCACAAUGAUAUUGUUGGUACUUACAGACAACCAGCAGCUUACAAGGUCCAAAGAGAAAUGCAGACUGAGGAGCACUUCCAGGCAUAUUUUGAAAGAAAACUGUCCUCCACCUUGGGUGGAGCAGUACAGAUCCAUCAAGAGAACAGAUGGCUACAAUACAGCCCAGUGUGUAAUCACCUGGGACAAUAAAAUGAUGGAAGGGGACUCAGCUCUGUGAUGUUAACUGGGGUCAGUUCCCACAGCCACUGUUCAGGGCUGCCAGAAGCCUUGGGUAGACACUACAUCACUUACAUUUGGUUUCUUCUCCUGGGGAAGUUUGGAAAGAUCAUAAUCAAGAUGUUCCCUGUCCUCAACUGGCUGUUUUCAUAUCAGUUCAGAGAAUGGAUCCUGAGGGAUCUACAUGCAGGCCUGAGUGUUGGGAUGUUUCAGAUUCCUCAAGAUUUUUGCUUUCCAAGCUUAGGAGUUUGGCUGACCAGGUUAUUUCUGCCAAGUAUCAAUGGCUUCCUUUCUGCUUUCUGCUGCUCGAAUGUAUUUGGGACUUGACAUCAUAUCUCAAUUGGUUCAUUCAGCAUCCUAAAUAUGGUGGUGAUAGACAUUCUGAAGACUCUUACUUUGAACCAAACAUUUUCCUCUAAUGGUUCACUGGACAACUUCUCAGACCCUGCACUUACAAAAGAGUACAUGGAGGUCUUGAUGCUUACUGUGUCAAUAAUAUUUUUGACUGUCAUCAUUCAGGUCUGCUUAGGUUGCUUUUGCCUGGGGUUUGUAACAACAUACGUGCCGAAGGGCAUCAGUGUUUACCUCACCGCAGCAGCAUGGUAUGUCAUUGUAUCACAGCUGAGCUUUAUCUUUGACGUCAUGCUUGACUUCCAUAAGGGCCCCCUGGGCAUUUUCUAUAAUCUAUUUCGUUUCCUCCUGGUUCUCCCAGAAGCUAAUGCCACCAGCAUAUUGCAAUUUUUGCUUGGCAUGGCCAUACUACAAGUCAAUACAUCUGUCAUGAUAACUUAUAAACUUACUCCUAUUGCAUUUCCUAUGGAACUUCUCUUGAUUAUCGGAGUCAUCGUUAUUUCUAAUUGCAGUCAUCAUCAUGCUGUCAGUAGUGCUGUGGUCAGUAAGAUUCCUCAGAGGUUUGUGCCUCCUACACUGUCGGAUUUAUCAGACCUGAGCAAGAUCAUACCGUAUGCCUUCUCCAUUGCUAUUGUAAGCUCUUUCCUUCUUGGUUUUGCUGGGGAGAGAUACACUCACAAUAUUGCCAGCAAUCAGGAGUUAGUAGCUGUGGGGCUAUGCAAUAUUGGCAGCUCAUUUUUCAAAAGCUUUGUUGUCAGCUGUGCUAUUUCUGGAACUGUCAUUCAAGAGGGGACAGGUGGAAGAACACAGGUGAGCUGGGCUGGAUUAUUUUUUUUAAGCUUCCAACUGGUGAUGGCACUGAAACCAGGACGCUUUUUCCAGAUGAUACCUAAUGGUAUACUGGCUGCUAUUGUGGUAUUUAACAUGAUCCCUUUACUUGAAAAAUUUCUGGACAUACCCAUCCUGUGGAGACGGGAUAAGUAUCAUUUUGUUAUUUGGCUUGCAACUUUUGCCACAGUGAUUGUUGGUUUAGUGAUCACCAUGGGAUUUAUGUUCUUCAUAAUCACCAUUAGGUCACACAGAAUGAAGAUGGUGGUGCUGGGACAGAUUCCAAACAUGAAUAUUUAUAGAAGUUUAUCCGUCUACAGAGCUGCAAGGGAGAUUGAAAGUAUCAAAAUCUUCCAGUGCUGUUCUUCCAUCUCUUUUGCAAACAUGAAUCACUUCAAAACCUACUUGCUAUGCAAGGUGGACAUGAAAGCAGUGCCUCUAGAUGAAAAUGAAAUGAAGGCUUUAAGUUCACUUAGUCUGUCUGACACUGCAGUGGAAGGAAAAGAUCUUAAAUGCUUUCGUGUCUGUGAUCCACCUCCACCACGACCUAGGAUACCAUCUACAGAGAAACUGGUGAGGCAACAUCACACAGACAGCAAGUCCUCAUCAUCUUCAGUUAAUUUGGUGCAUUGGUCAAAGCAUGGAGACAAACUCAGCUCUGGGAUGAUGGAUGCAUCCCCAGGCUUUAACACGGGACUUAGGACUGAGAAGAACAAAGAUGAAGAGAAAAGAGGUUGCCUUUCACCAGGCUCUGCAAUAGAUAAUUCCUCGGUACAGAUAGAUCAGGAGGAACAGCUGAUCCAUUUGCCAUCUCCAGUUCACACCAUUAUUUUAGACUUCAGCAUGUUGCAAUUAGUGGAUUUGGUAGGUUCAGUGUUACUGCAACAGAUCAUUCAUGUUUCACAAUACUGGCAUUACAGCCCUCAUAGCUGGCUGUCACGGUAUAGUAUUUGUUUACUAAUAUUGACUUAUCUCCAAGGAUAUGCUUUAAACUUGAGUGUCUUAGCAGUAGUACUUGGUGUGAUUUUGCUGCUUUAUUUAAUUUCCCCCAUUUUUUUAAUAGCCGCUGUGAUAGCAGACUUAGAGAAGAAUGAUUUUUUUGACAGCUGGGUCACCAAAGAAAGGUUCUUUCUAACUCCUCAUGAUGCUGUGCUGGCUGCUUUGGGCAAACAUCAAAACCCAGAUGAGCUAGAACCUGCUGUGCAAGGGUCUGAAGAAUCUCUAACUGAACAGCAGAAGGUAGAACAUUUAGCUUUAGAACAUUUAAGCCUUCACGUUGUUAAAUUAUCCUUUUGCUCUGCAAAGAACUCUGACAGUGAACUUCUGCAUGAAGAGCCAAUAUCUGAUAUCUCACGCUCAGCCCAGAGUAAAGCAGAGCCAAGCUCUCUCCAGCAGUCUGAUACUCCACCCCUUCAAUCGGAUAUUCAGGACCCAGGCUGGGGGAAGAGAUGGAAGUAUACCAGCAAUCCCUGAAUUACAACUGUUGGGGAACUGGGAUUUCAGUAGAGAGGAGAAAAGUACAGUUAAGCAACAGUUCUGGCAAUUCUUAUCAGCCUUCGAUCCUCUUUUUAUGUUUUCUGUUCCAGAGUUCUUAAAAUAGACAGCCUGCCUAAUGCCUCCAGUAAUUCUGUUGUUCUAAACAAAAAGCAAUAUUUAUGUUACUACUUUCAAGCAUUUUCAAAUAGAUAGGAUACCCAGCAAUGCCAAAAGCCAGAGAAAUAAUGUAUAAUUCCUAGUUUUGUAGAUAAUUCUAGCAAAUUUUUUGUGCUUGUUUUCCAAAAUUCUGUAGAAGUUUAACGUCCUAAUUUACCACUUCUUAUAUUUAUUGCUUGCUACUAAGUAAAAUUCAUCUGCCAUAUUUCAACAGAUUACAUGCAGGCAGUUUCAUUAUUUUCAGAUAUAUUUAGAAUGAUGUGAAGCUUUACAGAAAACAUUUUAUUAUUAUUCUUCAACACUGAUGAAGUUGAUAUUGUCUGCACUAAUAUAACAUGGUCUGUCCAUUAUUUCUUUCUCAGUCCCUUUCUAAUCCACCAGAACUAAA